GUUCACCCCACCAAAAUUUUUCUUGUUAGAUAGUAUAAAAAGGAGAACUAUUUUUUAAACCGUAUCAUUUGAUCCUACCAGAUUCAAAAGAUAUUAUACAAAAUGUUCAAAAUCUUCGCCAUUGUCUUCGCCGCCAUCUUGGCCCUCGCCGCCGCUGCCCCUAAGCCAGGCCUUGUAGCCGCCGCCUACAGCGCCCCAGUAGUAGCCGCCGCCCCAGCUGUUGCUUACUCCGCCCCAGUAGUAGCCGCCCACGGACCCGCCGUGGCUUACUCCGCCCCAGUCGUAGCCGCCCACGCUCCAGCCGUCGCCGCCCCAGUCGCCUACUCUGCCGGAUACGUCGCCCCCGCUGUAGCCUACGGCGCCCCAGUUGCCCACUACUACUAAACAGUGGUUUAAAAUUACUCCAUAGAAUGCAAUAGUUUGGAUUACACAGUACAACAUUUCUAUAGUUCAAUAAAAUGGUUAUUUAUUAAA